GCACGCGAUACGCAGGCGCCUCAGCCGAAGUGCCUUCUGGGAUUUGUAGUUCUUUGGACAAGAGUACGCUUUGGUUCUGUCCUAACCAGACCGACUGGUUAUUAACGGGAUGAGGGCUUCAUUUAAGAAAGUCAGACGUACACUGUGACAUGAUGCAGCGUUCCCUAGGCAAAAUAACGAAGGGUCUGGGGACAUGGCCCGAAAGGCUCUCAAGCUUGCUUCGUGGACCGGCAUGGCUCUUGCUGCCUCUGGCUUCUUCCUCUACAGCAACAAGUACUUGGAUCCUAAUGACUUUGGUGCUGUCAGGGUGGGCAGAGCAGUUGCAACGACAGCUGUCAUCAGUUACGACUAUCUCACCUCCUUGAGGAGUGUCCCCUAUGGUUCAGAGGAGUACUUGCAGCUUCUAUCCAAGGUGCACCUCCGUUCUGCCAGGCGUCUCUGCGAGCUCUGCUGUGCCAACCGGGGCACUUUCAUCAAGGUGGGCCAGCACCUGGGCGCUCUGGACUACCUGCUGCCUGAGGAGUAUACCAGCACGCUGAAGGUGCUGCACAGCCAGGCUCCACAGAGCAGCAUGCAAGAGGUCCGCCGGGUCAUCCGUGAGGACCUGGGCAAAGAGAUCCAUGAUUUGUUCAUGAGCUUUGAUGACACCCCCCUGGGGGCCGCCUCCCUGGCCCAGGUCCACAAGGCAGUGCUGCAUGAUGGGCGGACAGUGGCUGUGAAGGUCCAGCAUCCAAAGGUACAGGCUCAGAGCUCGAAGGACAUUCUCCUGAUGGAGGUGCUCGUCCUGGCUGUGAAGCAGCUGUUUCCAGAGUUUGAAUUCAUGUGGCUGGUGGACGAGGCCAAGAAGAACCUGCCUUUGGAGCUGGAUUUCCUCAACGAAGGGAGGAAUGCUGAGAGAGUGGCCCAAAUGCUCAAGCACAUUGACUUCUUAAAGGUCCCCCGCAUUUACUGGGAGCUGUCCACCAAGCGGGUCCUUCUGAUGGAGUUUGUGGAUGGCGGCCAGGUCAAUGACAGAGACUACAUGGAGAAGAACAAGAUUGAUGUCAACGAGGUGAGGUUGAGCUCUCAUGGCUGCUGUGCGAGGGACACGGGCUUUGUCGGGGCUGCCCACCGAGGGCAGAUUUCACGCCACCUGGGAAAAAUAUACAGCGAGAUGAUCUUUGUCAAUGGUUUUGUGCACUGCGACCCCCACCCUGGCAACGUGCUGGUGCGGAAGCACCCGGGCACAGGAAAGGCAGAGAUUGUCCUGUUGGACCACGGGCUCUACCAGGUGCUCACGGAGGAGUUUCGGCUGGAUUACUGCCACCUCUGGCAGUCGCUGAUUUGGACUGACAUGGAGAGAGUGAAGAAGUACAGCCAGCGCCUGGGAGCCGGGGACCUCUACCCCCUGUUUGCCUGUAUGCUGACGGCCCGGUCUUGGGACUCGGUCAACAGGGGCAUCAGCCAAGCUCCAGUCACCGCCACUGAGGACUCAGAGAUCCGCAACAAUGCCGCCAACUACCUCCCCGAGAUCAGCCAGCUCCUCAACCAUGUGCCUCGCCAGAUGCUGCUCAUCUUCAAGACCAAUGACUUGCUCCGUGGGAUUGAGGCUGCCCUGGGCACCCGUGCCAGCGCCAGCUCCUUCCUCAACAUGUCGCGUUGCUGCAUCAGAGCGCUGGCCACGCACAAGAAGAAGAGUACCUGUUCGUCCUUCAGAAGGGCCCAGAUCUCUUUCAGCGAGGCCUUCAACUUAUGGCAGAUCAACCUUCAUGAACUCAUUCUGCGUGUGAAGGGGUUGAAGCUGGCCAGCUGGAUCUUGGCCUUUCUUUGCUGGCUGUUGCCCACUCCAUACUGAGUGGACUUGCUGUCCCCUUUCCCUUUCCAGUGUGAUUCUGGUGGGCAAGUUGACUUUUCACUCCACUCCUCUGUCAUGUCUCCACCCAGGUGCCCUAUUUCUGUCACAUGGUGGCCUGGGGCCCCAUGAUCAUUGUCCAUGGCACCACUAUACUUCACACCUCUGGAAUCCCUCCCCUAUGCUGUAGCCCUUGUCUCUGGGCCCGCAAGCUGUCCCCUGCAGUAGGCUUCUCCCCUGAUCCAGGGAGAUGGCCCACCACUCUAGGUGGGUGCCAUGGGGCUGGAUGUCACCCUACUUCCGGUAACAACUCCUGUUGUCAGGAUGGACCAUGAAUCCCACUGACUUCCUACAUGAAUUCCUACAUUUAACUUGUGGGCCCUUUGAUUUUGUUGGAAAAGAGCAUUGUUUCUGAUCUUGCUGGGAACAGAUUCCCUCUCCUUGUCCUGUCACUCCCCAGAGGUGUUGCACCUGAGCAAGGUGGCUCGGCAUCCGGGGCAUGAGUUCACUGCUGUCACGGUGACCCCUUUGGUGUUUUAUGUACUGUGUUUCAAUAAAACCCCUUGAGGGUUGCAGGGAA